AUGCUUGGACUGGCGCUUGCCGGAGCAUUUUAUGGUUUUCAGGGCAACGCCCGUAUUGGAGCUAAUUAUGACUCCCUGAUCAACCAGCUACAGGUAGAGAAAUCUUCAGUUAUUCCUUCAAUAUUAAUCCGUAUGCUGGCUUGGAAAGCGGAUCAUCGGCCAGAGGCCGCUGCACUUCUACAGGAUUCGGGCUUCCGUUUGACUAUGGAGACGGAGAACUCUCAGCCCCACGGCCACAAGCGAUCUUUGGCCAUUCUAGAAGUGGAUCAAGGGCUUGGUAAACGGCCACGGAUAGCACCACGUCAUCUGGCAGAUGUUCCUACUGAGCGCCUAGCUUUUGACGAUCAGAAAGAGCCCGAGACGGAUGAAGACAUGAUCACGAUGCUUGCAGAAGAUGAAUUGUCUUUUGUCUCUUUGAUCUUAAUCCGUAUGCUGGCCUGGGAUGCCGAUGAUAGGCCUGAGGUCACCCUGCUCCUAUUGGAUACUGGCUUUGCCUCUUGUCGUAAGGCUGAGCGAGAUAGGGACGGGAGUCAAAAGCGAUCCUAUCCUAAGUCGGAGAGGGUCGCGGUGGGCGGAAAGCAACUGAGGAAGACUGUGCAAUUGGCACCGCGCCCGUUGGAUGUUGAGGACCUUGGCUCGGAUAGAUCAGUGAAAGGAUGGAACUGA